AUGCUUGUAAUGAGUCCAGAAUUCUUGAGAAUGUUCGAAACUAGAGCGCUGCCGGCGAGGGCUGACGCGGACUACGACCCGAACCCGCAGUACAGCUUCAGCUACAGCGUGAGCGACGCGCUGACGGGCGACGCCAAGCAGCAGCAGGAGAGCCGCAGCGGCGACGCCGUGCAGGGCAGCUACAGCGUCGUCGAGCCGGACGGCGCCGUCCGCACCGUGCAGUACUCGGCCGCGCCCGGCGCCGGCUUCAACGCCGUCGUCUCCCGCUCCGGCGGCGCGCCACCGCCUCCCGCAGCCGCCAGGGUCGCCGCACCCGCGCCCCUGCCCGGCCGCCUGGUACCGCUGCCCGCCGCCCUUCCGCGCUUGGCGCCUCUGCCACCCCCAGCCGCUGUCAUCGUCAAGACUCCCGCAGUGAUCGCCGCCCCCGCUAAGAUAGCGUUGGCGCCCCCAGCCGCUCUGCACGGCGCGCCGCUCAAGAGCUCGCACACCGCCGUCACCACGUCACACGCCAGCUACCAGUACUGAGGACCACCGUCCCGUCUUGUGUGUAAAUACUUCGUAGUAGCCAAUCACUUGUAACCUAUUGUGCAAACUAUUUAAAAACUCAAAUAAAAACGACAAGUUCCACUUAA